UGUCGUGAUGCUCGUUUCCGUUUUCGUGUUCCGGAAAAAUACGUUUUUUGGUCUGUUAUUAUUGCGGUUUUUAAUCGUUAUUUUUAAAAUUGUGUUCAUUAUCAAUGACCGAGAACAGUAGAGAUUACAUUUCUGUGUUUUCUUUUAAAUUAAAGCACGCAGAGGGUUCGGAAAAACAAACACACAAGGCACUGGAUUAAACAAAGGCGGGUUUGAAGAUGGAGCCUGUGCCGUUUCCGAAGCCGUCGUCUGUUCAAGAUAAAGAAGAGGCCUGUGAGCCGGAACCGCUCUGUGUUAAAGAAGAGCAGCUGGACCUUGAACUCGACCAGAUUGCAGGGGACAGGAGCGAGCUGGGAUUUGUCCGGGUCAUAGCGACCGAAGAAGAAACUCCGUCCUAUCCCUGUCCUCAGUGUGCAAUCUCCUUCACUGGGGUCCAGCACCUGGAGAAGCACAUUCUGAAGAGGCACCAGGAAUACGCGAGGACACUGAACCUCCGCUCGAUAAAGAAAGACCAGCCAAAGAGACAGAACCCCGCCGGCAAGCCUCCGUACGACUGCGCGGUGUGUGGGAAGACCUUCUCCAAGCUGGGGAACCUCAAGCAGCAUGAACUCAUUCACACGGGCCAGACCCCUUACCGGUGCUCCGACUGCGGGAAGAGCUUCAGGCAGUCCUCCGCCCUUCAGUCCCACCAGCGGGUUCAUACGGGAGAGAAGCCGUAUCACUGCUUGGAAUGCGGGAAGGAUUUCAGGGAGUCCGGGGCGUUGGGCAAACACCAGCGGAUUCACAACGGCGACACCCCUUUUCACUGCAGCGACUGCGGGAAGAGUUUCAGGCACUCCCACAGCCUCAAAUCGCACCUCCGGAUCCACGCGGAGGAGGUGCUGUGCCGCUGUGAGCAGUGCGGGAAGGGGUUCAAGCAGCUGGGUCAGCUGAAAACUCACCAGCGCACUCACACUGGGGAGCGGCCGUAUCACUGCAGCGAGUGCGAGAAGAGCUUCAAGCACUCGCACAAUCUCAAGACGCACCAGCAGAGCCACAGCGGACCGACCCUGUUUCUGUGCGUUGAGUGCGGAAAGGGUUUCAAAGACUUUGAAAGUCUCCAAACCCACCUGAAGACUCAUACCAGAGAGUAAAAACCAGAGCUUGUUCCCACUGCCUAGUGCAGGGGUGGCUAACCCUGCUCCUGGAGAGCCACAAUCCAGCAGGUUUUAUAGGUAACCCUUAAUCAUCAAUUUCUGAAGAAUGUACAUUUAUGAUCAAUUUAGCAAGUUAAUUUGUUCAGUUAAAUCAGGAGUGGUGAGCUCUGGUCCAUGAGAGCUACAGGAUGUUCAGGUUUUAGAUCCAAAUUAUCUCUAAAUUACUUGAACUAAUUGAACAAAUGCUUAACUAGUCAUAACGGAAUUGUUCCAAGUCUUUAGAAAUUGAUUAUUUAAGGGUUAGCUCUAAAACCUGCUGGAUCGUGGCUCUCCAGGACCCAGGUUGGCCACCCCUAGCUUAGUGCGUUCUUGUUGAGCCCGGUAAUAGUUUCUACCAAAGACUUGUUUCAUGAAUAGAAACCUGUGUGUAGAAGACACUUGUUUGAGACGCAGAAAGAAUCAGUAAUUAUUUUUCACAUCUCCAGUUUGUUUUGAGCAGCACUGUGUGCUCACUCAACCUGCCCCGAGAGUGCUUUGCUACCCGUUCUCCAGAGUGAGACCUGAGUGAUCUGCUUACAGAGGGAGGCGAGUGCAAUCACUGGAACAGCAGCGCUCAUCGAGAAUGGGGUUUGUGACAGUGCAAACACAGCUUAAAGGAUUGAAGUCAAUAAGCCCUGGACUUUGACUUAGUCGUGUCUUUCUGAACUGUGGGUAGUAAUGUUUAGUAAAAUAAAAUACCGAUUUAGGAUAGGAUAGCCAAAGAUCCAGAUUCACCAACAUUUCAGUCCAUCGUAGUUUGCCAGUUGUGUUCUCUUGUGCACAGGAAACAACCAACAAACAAAUUAAACCUGUUUUUCAAUAGGUUGACAGUAAAAUUCUUGCAGAAUAAAAUCUGAUUUGUCUCAAGA